CUUCUCUGUUCUUCCCGCCAUCUCGUGAGUCGUGAGUCGUGACUCGUCUCACUCCACGCACACGUGAAUCCUCGUCUCUCGCGUUCUCCCGUCGUCACAUGUCGUAUCGUUGGCGGACCUGACGUGUCGCCCCGCUGCUCUCCCCCGCGGAACAUGCCACCGCUUGCGGUCGGGCCAGCGUCUGCUCCCCCGUCAUUCCACACGACCCAGCGCGACCAUGGCGGUUCGACCCCGCGCAUGAGAGAGUCGCCGCCAAAACCACGCGCGGGGAAAGGAGGUGUCGGCGGAGCGUGCAUGGCGGGGGAGGGUAAUGUUCGAUGGGCGCGGAUGAUGGUGCGCUGCCCCAUAUGGGCGCACACACCGCCCGCGACGGGGCGCGUAGGGGCGGCUCAACCGUCAGAUACGGCAGCAGGGCAGGCCACACGCCAUUCACCACCUGCCACGUCACCUCAUGUAAAUAGCCUGUCUAAUUUCGCCCGAAGCCGCGUUGACUCGUGUUCCGUGAAUGGGCACUCUUCGCAUGCUGCCACGCCACAUAGCGAUGAUCGCCUGGCAUCGCCCUCGUUGCUCGCGCCCUCUCCUCCCCUCCGCCCCCUCUCCGCGUGCCCCUCCGCUUUGCCUCAGCAGCCGUCUCGUGCGGCGGCAGCCACUGAAGCUACUUGCGCUGAGCACGCGCAAGGCGCAAGGGCAAAUGUCGCGAUGAAGCGGCAGGGCGGCGAGAGGUGCGCGGAAGAGAGAGGCGCAGCGGAGUGUCGAGUUGAGGAGUGUAAUAGGCCUCCCUGCGACGCGGCCGCCCAGUUGACCGGAGGUGAAGCGGAGUGGGGGAGCGCAACGGCCGUUCCUCGUGGCGGCGCAGGCGGGCGUGCCGAGGGCGCGGGCGAGAGGCGACACGAGGCGGCUGUGUCUGCUGCUGCUGCCGUGGUUUCGCCGCGCCACGUGGGCAACGUCGGUUGUCGGACUAGCGGCGCAGAUCUCGUACCCCUCGCCGCACCACAGCCGUCACCGCUGCAACAGUCACCACCCCAGCACGCCGCCCUACCACCACCACCACCACCAGCACCACCAGCAGCGGCGGCGUCGCUGUCGCCGGACGGCGUGGAAAAGCCCGGCGGCAGCAACUCGUUGGGCGAGGCGGCCCUGCCUCUGCUGGACGUGGCCGCUGUGCAGAGCCGGAGAGCCCAGGAAAUCGCCGCAGCGGCUGUCACGCCAGGCGCGUCUCGUGCGCGCGGCGGAUUGUGGAGUCCGCUGGGUAGCCCCGCUGGCAUCAGCCCGUGCGCCCGUGUGGCCGGCAGCAGCGCAUUUGCGCCUGGCGCGGGGGCGGGACUCGCGGGCUACAUGCCGAGCCCUGAUUGGUCCACGGGGUAUCUCACCCCCCUGAUGCCUAGCCCCGACAUCCGCGCUGCCUCCCGCCAUCGUCCCCCUCAGGGUGCACAGCCCUUCGCUAGCGCAAGCGGCUCUAGUGUGGCGGAGGCAGGUGUGGCGAAGGGGAAGGCAAGUCACGGAGGCAGCGGGGGUGGGAACUGCGGGUGGACGGCGGGGAUCAGCGGACUGGCGUUAGGCGUGUCGCCCGCCGUGCAAGGCGCGGGCUCAGCGGGCGGCGUGCAGCAGUGGAGCGCAGCGAGCAGCAGGGGGGGGAGCCCGCGGGGGGACGUGGUGGCGCGUAGCAGGUCAGUGUCGUCCGGGGGGAUGCUGUGGGCGGAGGAGCUGGAGGCGGCUGUGAGCGGCGCAAGUGACGGGGAGGGGCAGCGCAUUGCGGAUGUCGUUGAGGCGCUGAGGGGUGCAAUGGGGGCAGAAUCGGCGGGCAGGCAGGGGGCGCAGGGUGGUGAAGGGGAAGUGAUCGGGGGAGGGCGGGCAGGCGGCGAGGAGCAGAGCGAGGUGAGGAGUGGCGUGGAGGCGGGGGAGGGUGAAGUAGUGGGGAGGGAGGCGAGUGGAGGCGUUGCAGCAGCGGAGGGAAGCAGCGGUGGGUGCGGGGUGAGGGAUGGCGUGGGGGUUGCGGGGGAGCAUGGCAUGGAGGGCAGGGAGGGUAGUGAGGGUAGUGAGAGGUGCGUGGUUGGUGUGCAUGGGGAUGGGCCAAGAGAGGGGUCACAGGGUGGUGCAGAGCAAAGCAGGGGAGGAAGUAGGGGGCAGGGAGGAGGAGAGAGUAGAGCCAACGGGCUAGUGAUGGAAGAGGGCGGGCUGGGAGCGGAGGGGGAUGAGGCAGCUGGGAAAAGGCGCAAGGGGGAGCAGCGUGGGGGGUUGGGGGAGUGUCUGGGCGUGGUGAGGGAGGUGUCACGGGAGUCAUCGAGUGCGCGUAUCAUGCUGGCAGACGCAGGGGUGGCGGAGCUGCUGCUGCGCCUGCUGGACGAACGAGUGCACCCGCCACACGUGGUGAGCACGGCGUGCCUUAUCACCCUCAACCUGGCUCUUGAACCCGCCCUCAAGCGCAGGCUGGGAGGCGAAGCAGCUGUGGCGCAGCUGUUGUCGCUGCUGCAGUCGCGCGAGGAGGCGGUGUGUGAUGCAGCUGUGGCGGCGGUGAGCAGCCUGCUGGCGGAGGAGAGCAACCGCAGGGUGGCCACGGGGAUGGGCGCCACGGGGCUGCUGGCAGAGAUCGUGAGGGAGGAACGGAAGGGGCCGCGCAUCCACAAGGAUGCGCUCAUCGGCCUCUUCAACCUCAGCAUCGACCCGCACACACGUGAAGCUGUGCUGCUGCGGCGCGACCUUGUCCCCCGAGUUCUCGCCCUGCUGUCCGACCAAGGCUCCAGCCCCGCGCACAUGCCUGCUGCUGCCCUGCUGGCAGUGAUGGUGCGCGUGCCGGCAGUGUGCCACGUGGUGGAUGGCAACCAUGGCGUCCCCGUGCUGGUGCAGGCGCUGGAGGACGGCGAUGCAGCCAUGCAGGCCCACGUGGUGGCUGUGCUGCUGCAGCUCGCACUCACCAUCACCGCCACACGGCAGAGAAUCUUCCAGGAAGGCAUAAUUCCUUCUCUUGUCGUGCUUGCUGAAGGGUCCACGGGCCGCUCUCGAGACAAGGCUAUGAAGCUGCUGGCCCUGCUGCGUGCAUGUGAGCAACAGUCACGGCCGUAGCUUAGCUUGGGUGAGCAGGUGCAUUAGUAUUGUUCAGGGCACGGCACGACAUUCCCAGUUGCUAGCCCGUACUUCAGUAGCAUAUGGAACGACUCGUGUUCUAAAAAAGCAUCGCUUACGAUGGUGGGCGAUUGAGGUGGCCUCUAGUACGGCCGACACUCACGAACCAUUGGCAUGAACAGCAUGCUUAAUGCCUUCAAGAUGUGAUAUGUGGAAUGUGAUGGUAUUGCGACGCAACCAAUGCCGUUGCGUUGUGUGCUUGUGAAUGCAACCUUAUACAAACGGAAAGGUUGUGCUUGGAAACAUGUACUUUGUGGCU